AUGUGGUUCAAUGCGUCUGAGUUGAAUGCUUCUCUGGAGAAUCCGGAGGAGGGGGAGCACCCAUUCCUGACGGACGCCUGGCUGGUGCCUCUCUUCUUCGCUCUCAUCAUGCUGGUGGGGCUCAUCGGGAACUCUCUGGUAAUCUAUGUAAUCUCCAAACACAGGCAGAUGAGGACUGCCACCAACUUCUACAUAGCUAACUUGGCUGCCACAGACAUCAUCUUCCUGGUGUGUUGUGUCCCGUUCACAGCCACUCUCUACCCGCUCCCUGGAUGGGUAUUUGGGGACUUCAUGUGCAAAUUUGUUGCCUUUCUACAACAGGUGACUGUUCAAGCCACCUGCAUUACACUCACUGCUAUGAGUGGGGACCGCUGCUAUGUCACAGUCUACCCCCUGAAGUCCUUACGCCAUCGCACUACACGAGUUGCCAUGAUAGUUAGCAUCUGCAUAUGGAUCGGUUCCUUCAUUCUAUCCACCCCGAUUUUCAUGUACCAGAGGAUUGAGGAGGGCUACUGGUAUGGACCAAGACACUACUGCAUGGAGAGGUUUCCCUCAAAGACCCAGGAGAGGGCUUUCAUCCUGUACCAGUUCAUAGCUGCCUACCUGCUACCUGUCAUCACCAUCUCCUUCUGCUACACACUCAUGCUGAAGAGGGUGGGCCAGCCGUCAGUGGAACCAGUAGACAAUAAUUACCAGGUCCACCUGUUGGCUGAGAGGACCAUCACACUGAGGAGGAAGAUCUCCAAGAUGGUGGUGGUGAUUGUCCUCCUAUUCACCAUCUGCUGGGGGCCUAUACAGCUCUUCGCCCUGUUCCAGUCCUUCUACCCCAACUAUAGGGUCAACUACGCCACCUAUAAGAUCAAGACCUGGGCUAACUGCAUGUCCUACGCUAACUCCUCCAUCAACCCAAUCGUUUACGGCUUCAUGGGAGCCAGUUUCCGCAAGUCUUUCAAGAAGACUUUCCCCUUCCUGUUCAAACACAAAGUUAGAGACAGCAGUGUCAUGUCGCGCGUGGCUAACGCAGAAGUCAAGUUAGUUGCUGCAGAGGAAGGAAACAACGAUGGGAAAUGAAAUGAGACAUGGUCAGAGUGAGCUUCCGGGGGACAGAGCUGCUGGAGAUUCAGUUCACUGUGCACAAACAAACAAACAUACACAGGGUAGACUGCUGUGAAUGCACACUGCUCAACAUAGCCUGCUGUGAAAUCACACUGUUCUGAAGGCAAACACCUGGUGGAACCAGCAUUUUAAAAUGAUAUUUGAUGUGUUUGUUUGCAAUUCUACAAAAUCUGACUGAUCCUGCUCUGUUCUGAUAUCACAGACUUGAAAGGACAUUAAAGGUCCUGAACAGUCGUUCUGGUUCCCAUUUAAAAUAACAUCACCCAUAAUAUUUUUUCCUGAUAAAAAUGCUCAAAUUUUUCACUCAUGUCAAACCAGGAAGUCUGAAAAGACAUACUGAAUGGAGCUAGUAGGCUGAGUGGGCGGGGAACUCACCUUGACUGACUAUUCUUUAAAAAAGUCUAGUAACAUGGAUGCAGUGACAUUAUCUCAAGCAUAUUUGCUGAUACACAAAACAACUCAAACAUCAUUGAAAUUGCAUGCAACUUCCAAUCCUGUCAUACAUCACAUCAUGGUGUCAUACAUCACAUCAUGGUGUCAUACAUCACAUCAUGGUGUCAUACAUCACAUCAUGGUGUCAUAC